AUGCAUGUUGUGCUUUUUAAACUCCGUGAUGGAAUGGAUGAGAAGAAACUGGAAGACCUUCUCGCCGGUGUUCGCGCGGGAAUUCCCGGCCUCAUUGAAUUGCACUUUGGCGCUAAUGAGAUGAAGAUGUAUGAAGGGAAGUGCGGGAAGCCCGGCGGCAACACACACGUCCUCGUCUCCCGCCACGAGCGCCCGGCGUACUUGGCGGAGUACCAGAAACACCCACUCCACCGGGCCCUCGCCCGUUAUCUCUACUCCUUCGCAGAGCGGGCUCCCACCGUGAUGGACUUCCACACAAGUCCUCAACCGCACUUGUAA